UUUCACGUGGAGCAAAACGUUCAAAAAAGAAAAGUUAGUCAUUCCUUUGCCUUAAUUUGAAGGUUUUUUUAAAGGUUUAUCAAAUUAUUACGAAUACAGACAAUGGGCAGAAGAAAAAAGAAGAAGACAAUAAACCCUCAAGAAGAAGAAAGCAUCACAGUCCCUCAUACCUUUGUAAUGCACAGAGGAGCUGUUGGGAAGUCUGUCAUGUGUUUGGAACAGGAUUUACGACAUUUGAUGGAGCCUUACACUGCAACACAUUUAAAGGUUCGGAAAAACAAUGUCCUGAAGGAUUUUGUGAAUGUUGCUGGACCACUUGGUGUCAGUCAUUUCAUGAUUCUGUCCAAGACUGAGAUUGGUACUUACCUGAGGUUCGUUCGUAUUCCUAGAGGACCAACCUUGACUUUCAAGAUYCAUGAGUAUUCUUUGGCUAAAGAUGUCAUAUCAUUACUGAAAAGACCCAAGACUUUUGGCAGUCAGUACAAAAAGCCUCCUUUGCUUGUACUUAAUGGCUUCAAUACAGAUACUCUACCAAUGAAGCUCAUGACCACAAUGUUUCAGAAUCUUUUUCCAUCUAUCAAUAUUCAGAAGGUUCGCCUUGGUGACAUAAGAAGAUGCGUUCUUUUAAACUAUAACAAAGAGACAAAACUUAUCGACUUCAGACAUUAUAACAUACGAGUUGUACCUGUUGGAAUGAGCCGAGGGGUAAAAAAACUCAUUCAGACGAAAAUUCCCAAUUUGUCUAAACUAGAUGAUAUUAGUGAUUAUGUACUGGGAGGUGGUUGUGGAUAUGGUUCAGAGAGUGAAGGAGAGGAUCCAAUGGAAAGUAAUGUUACUCUACCUCAAAGUGUACCAGGAAGAGGAAACAUUAAAUCCCAAAAAAGUGCCAUAAGAUUGACCGAAUUGGGUCCUCGUAUGGUUAUUCAGUUGGUAAAGAUUGAAGAUGGACUCUGCAAUGGUGAAGUUCUACACCAUGAGUUUAUUUCUAAAAGUGAAGCUGAAAAAAGAGCUUUGGAAGAAAAGAGAGAAAAGAAAAGAAAAUUAAAAGAAAUGAGAAAGAAAACACAAGAAGAAAAUGUGAAAAGAAAGGAAAAAGAAAAGGAGUUGAACAAAGAGCGCAGCAUAGCAGGACAAAAACGAAAACAAGCUUCAAAAGAAGGUGCAACAGAUCCCACACUGAGUGAUGAUGAAGAUGCCAAUAAAAGUGAUGAUGACAGCAAUGAAGAAGAUGACGAUACUUACUGGUAUCGAUAUGAAGUUGGAAAAGACCCGGAUCCAGAUCUCAUCCUGACCAAUAAGAGCAAAGUAUCGAAAACAUCAACCAAACGAAAAAUGAAAAGAAAAUCCGACGACAAAAGUGAGGCUGUCACGAAAAAGAAGCCCAGGAAAGAUAAGAACGCUAAUGAAAUUGAAAGAAAAGAAAAGAAAAUAAGAAAAACGGGAAAAGCAAAUUUUAUGAGUAAGAAACCCCUUAAGACUUCUGUAAAGGGUAAGUUCAAAAGGAAGAGAAGAUAACUCGAUGUGAAUUAUUUAAGAAAGUUCAUCAACAACGAAAGUAAACAAGCCAUACUUUCCGUUAACAUGGUUGAGUUUAGAACUUAUUUAAGCCAAUUUCGUAUUUUUUCCUCAAUAGUUUAAAGGGGCACUUGGAUGAAAAUGGAUAAAAAUUGGAAAUGACUUUAAACUUACUUAAACCUAUCUAUAUGGCCCCAAUAGUAGCCAAGCAACAUAUUUUCUUAACAGUA